UUUAUAUAUCUUCAUUAUAGAGAUAAGUUGGUUCGUUUUGAGAGAAUCAGCAACAUUGAAAAAAUGAAUUCGUUACCAAGACUGGGACGUCAUGAUAACUUGAUUGACGUCAAUGAAAACCUCGGAUUAACUUCUUUAUCUUACAACCCAACGUCAUACUCACCAACACGAGUUGUUUCAGAGCUUCAAGAACAAUUGAAAUCAUACAAAAGAGAGUUGGCACGAAAAGAUGAAUUGAUAAAUGAACUUUCAACAUCUCCAAGGAUAACUCACAUACACCACCCACCACCAGUGAAGUUGGAGUGCCCACAAUAUCGAACAGACACAACGUUCAAUUCAGAUUCGGCCACUGUAGAGUUGGCUGGAGCAAAAAUCAAAAUUGAGAAUUUGUCUGCUGAGAAUCAUGAUUUGCGGUCACGCAUGGAUUUAAAAGACAACCAUGUUAGAGAACUCAAAUCAAGGCUGGAAAUUGCUAAGGAAAACUCAGCCAAGCAAGAUGUUAUGUUGCAGUCGUUGCGAGAUCGUUUAUUUUCUGCUGAAAAUCAAACUGGUGAAUUGGAACAAGUAAGCACGAGGGGAAGCGCAACAAUCCAAUCUCUGCAGAAGCAAAACAGGGAGGCACAGGAUAGAAUUGUGGAGUUGGAAGCUAGAUUAAGGAACCAUGUACUGAAUAAGGAAGAAUCUGAACAAUCAGCUGAAACUUCUCAACGCUCAUUCCAUGAUGCGGUUGCAAGGAUGGGAGAUGCAAUUAAUGUUGAUACAGAAGGAGGGCACAUGGAUGGGGCAGUAGAAGCUAUAGUGGAAAAGGCCAAAGCAAUGUGUCAGGACAAUCUGCUUCUUCAAAGCAAACUCCAAACCAUGGAAGAUGCAUUGAAUGCUCACACAUUAGAAACCAAAGCAAGUCGUGAAACAAUAAUGAGGUUGGUGUCAGAAGUUGGAAAAGAACAAAAAAGUGUUUCGGAGAAUACAAAUCAACUCACUAAGCUACAGAGGGACUUAGAUGAUGCAAAUUACAGCAAAGAAGGAUUGGAAAGAGAAAACGAAAUGUUAAAGGAGAGAAUUGCAGCCAAUGAUAAAACAUGGGCGUCAUCUAGGGAUGAACUUUCACAAACUAAUACAAAAAUCACAAUGCUAACUGAUGAUGUAAAGAGAUUGGAAUAUGAAAGGAAUUUGGCAAACAAUGAAUUCCAAACCUUUAGGAGUUCCAUGGCUAAGAUUCUCAGUGAUCCUUAUGUUGAGGUUGAACCAAGAGAAGAUGCAAUUAAGGAUAGAAUCAAAGAAAUGGUUUCAAGUGAACAUGAGAAGAAAGCUCAUAUUGAUGUUCUGGAACAAAAAGUCAGUGAUAUGAACAAGGAACUUGAGAGACAGUGUGAGUUGCAUCAUGAAACUGUUAGAAGAGCAAAGAAAGCAGAAACCUUCACUUAUCAGAAUGAAAAUCGUCUUCGAGAUUUGGAGGGCGAGCUUGCUUCUACUGAAGUGUUGAGAGAUACAUUAAGAAAUGAGAAAAACAGGUAUUUGAAGUUUUUGGAGCAAAUGGCUCAAGCAAUGCACAUGGAAGAUGUGGCAGUUGAUCUUGGGUAUGAUCUCAACACUGAUGUUUUAAUAGCAAGAGCUCAUCAAUUACAAAGGUUGGAAUCUGAAGCAGUUGUUGAAAAAACAUCCAAUAAUCAUGUCCUAAGGAGAAAGGUGAAAGAACUGAAAGAGCAAGUGAAGAGUAAAGAGCUUCACAUGGAGUUGCUCCGGAAGAAAAUUGCUCAGCAGGAUGAGAGGGAACAAACAAGAUCAGGUCUUGCUCUUGAUCGAGAUGAUGCCAUCGUCACUGUACAGAAACUACAGAGGAAAGUUGAGAGGUUACAACAUGCAUUGGGGGAUGAGAGAGUGAAAGUAACACAACUUAAAGCUCAACUUGCAGAAACCAAUGAGUUGAAGGCUGUCACGCUUGAACAAAGACGUCGGAUUGAUGAAUUAGUGACAAGUGUGGGCAAGUUGUCGACUACUAAGGAUCGACAACGACAAAAACUUUCUAGUUUGAAGCAGAAUUUGAAGAUGACAGGAGAAGAUGCGAAUUUGAAUCAUGAAAGACUAAGGACACAACUUGAUGCUGUGACAAAUGAUAACAAAUCAACUAAAACUGCUCUUGAUGAAGUUACAAGAAGAGAAAAGCAGCUGGUAGAUUUCCGUGAGGUGGUAGCUCGUAUGCUUGGACUGGAUGUUACCUCACUUGCAAUUCCUGAUUAUGAGAUUAUUUCAAGACUUGAAAAAUUGAUCAGGAAUCACCAUAUUGGAACCGCAGCUACUGCAACUUUGGAGCGAUCGUUUGAAGCUCUGGAUCCAAGAUUCCGACAAGGUUACACAGAGGUCGAUUACACAAGGUCAAGGUCGCCUCAUUAUGAAAAUCGAGCGAGAAGUCCAAGUCCACGACGCCAUCAUCAUCGGUCACGAUCUCCUUCCCCACGUAGAUAUUGAUGCAAGAAUAAUUCAAGAGCGAUAAGAAGCAUUGUUACUUAGGAAUGAGAUUGAUUGCUACUGAAACACCACAUGCGAUCCUAGAUUUAGACUUUUUAACUACUUGGAAAUAUCGUUUCUUUGAAUUAUUGUACGUUAAUGUCAAAUAUUUUAGUGAUUUUACUUUUAUAUUGAAGUCUACUUAAAAAAGAAUGUGGUAAUAUCAACACAGAAUGUCAAAUUUGUUAUAUUAAUAUCUAGGGUAGAAAUAUAAGUUAACUGAGAUAACUAAGCAAUUAAACUUAUCACAGUCUGGGUUUCAAAUAUUUAUUACUAAAAGCAUUCUCGAAGCUUUUGUAAUAGUGUUCCGGUUAGGUACCAGCUGAAUUCCAGUUGUGCAUAUAAUAAUUACACACAGAAACCCUUUUUCAAUUUGCACAUGUGAUAAUUCUAUUAAACUAUCAUUCAAUGUCAUUAUACACAUCUAGCAUAACCCAUGCAGUAUAUCACUUGCAUACAGCAAACAUUUAACUUUUAGUUACAUUUUCAAGUCACAUCAAGUACGUGUGUUUUCAUGUUGAACAAAUCUUGUUUCCCAAUAUUUUUAAUGAUGUUUUUGUAUGAAUUGGUUUACCAACCUCAACUAUUAUAGUGCCUAUAUUGUGUUGGAAUGUGCAUGAGUGCCUAUUUGUUUUAGUUAAACUGUAAAAGUGUAGUCACUUUAGCACUUAGUUUGUUUUGUGAUGUAAUUUUAUUCCGCAUUAUUAGAUCAUAAUUAAAUAAAAAUCAAGUAAAUUUGUGUUGAA